AAUUUGUUUAUUCUGGGGAAUCAGGAACGUCCUCUUCUCCUCGCUAGCAAGGGAACCUGCUCAAGAGAUUCAGCCAAACCAAGGUUAAUCAAAGGGUUCAAUUGAUGGUGUGGAAUUGCAUUUUAAGAGAUAAUUAUUGAGCAAUGUCACGACGAUGAACAACUUGACGACCAAAAGAAAAACAUGGGAUGAAGGGACGACAUACCUUUCCCUUGGAAUGAUCAAAGUUUUCCGGAUCUGCGUCAUCAAUUUUGAACUUUAAAAAGCAGUGUUCCACUCAUCCAACACAUCCUCCAUGUCAUAACAUACUUCUUUAAGCUUGGUCAACCAAUUCCGGAUGCUUCUAUCCUCGAUCUGCCUUUCCUCAGCAUCAAGAAGCAAAGCCUGGAUGGACUCAAGAUUGCUCUUGAGCUUGUUGAUUUCUUUGUCAACACCAGUGACCAGUUUAACCUCCUGUCCUGCCGAUGGUUGCUAGCUGCCCCAAGAUAGCGGAAACAAGCGCAUCUGCCAUUCUUGGAAAAAUAGGAACCAACAGACUGGUUAAAAUUGAAAUCGAAGGAAAAGGAUGGUAAUGGAUCUGGUUUCGAAGUUGCUAGCAAGUUAAUGAUCUGCUGCUCAAUUAUUUAAUUUGUAAAUAGUUUGUGCAGGCCAGCCAACCCACCCUCGAUUAGAAAGUCAA